AUGUCACAAACAAAGUCCUUGAAAGACCUCAAGCGGCCGGAUCUCUUUCAGCAGAAGGGCUACAUCGCCGAGGAAUGGGUCGAUGCAGCUUCAGGCGAUACCUUCGAUGUAUACGACCCAGCUACUGUGGAGAAGAUUGCCACAAUUCCAGAAAUGGGCCGCGAGGAUACCAAUAAAGCCAUCCAAGCAGCUCACGAUGCAUUUCAGACCUACAAGAAGACAACAGCUCGCCAGCGUGCUCGCUGGCUAAGGAAAUGGUCUGAUUUAUGCCUAGAACAUGCUGAUGACCUGGCCUUGAUACUGUGUCUGGAGAAUGGUAAGACAUUGGUAGAAGCAAAAGGUGAGGUGACCUAUGCUGCGAGCUUUCUGGAAUGGUUUGCUGGCGAAGCUGAGCGGAUACACGGAGAGGUUGUACCUGUUGCUAAUCUCAAUCAACGAGUAUUGACGUUCAAGCAACCGCUCGGAGUGGCAGCUUGUCUGGCGCCAUGGAACUUCCCCAUCGCCAUGAUCACCCGAAAAGUUGGCGCUGCUCUGGCUGCGGCCUGCCCCACAAUUUGGAAGCCUGCUGGAGAAACACCUUUGAGCUGCCUAGCACAGGCAGUGUUAGCUAAAGAGGCGGGCUUUCCAAAAGGUACCAUAAACGUGAUUACCACUUUGAACAAGGUCGAUGAAGUCGGCAAGGCACUAUGUGAAAGCAAGCUUGUUCGAAAGUUGUCUUUCACUGGAAGUACUAGAGUCGGUCAAUUACUGGCUGCUCAAUGCAGUAAAAGUUUGAAGAAACUGUCACUAGAGCUUGGAGGAAACUCACCUUUCAUUGUCUUUGAUGACGCCAAGGUUGAAACUGCAGUAGAAGCAGCGAUCCUUGCAAAAUUCAGAAACAGUGGUCAAACGUGUGUGACUGCAAAUAGAGUUUUUGUGCAGGACGGCAUCUACGACAAAUUUACACAAGCUCUGACCGAACGGAUCAAGACGUUGAAAGUUGGAGUUGGCACAGAAGAGGGCGUUUUUGUCGGCCCAAUGACGCACGAGCGAGCGGUCGACAAGGCCAUGAGACACAUUGAAGAUGCACAGAAACAUGGCGGGAAGGUCAUUCUUGGAGGCAAACCCUACGACAAUGGCGGAAAACUGAAAGGCUACUUCCUAGAGCCAACCAUCAUUUCCGGCAUGUCACCAGAAGCAUUGACUACCCGUGAGGAGACGUUUGCACCUGUAGUUGCUCUCUACCGAUUUCGAACGGAGGCGGAGGUGAUUGAUCUAGCAAACGAUUGUGAUGUUGGUCUGGGUUCAUUUAUCAUCACUGAGUCAAUACCUCGAAUGUGGCGAGUCGCCGAAGCGCUCGAAGUCGGUAUGGUUGGGGUCAACUUGGGCUUACUAAGCGCUUGUGAGAGUCCGUUCGGGGGCGUGAAGAUGAGUGGCUACGGCAGAGAGGGUGGUCGACAAGGCAUCGAUGAGUAUCUGACCGUCAAGAGCAUGUUAAUCAAUAUUGCGACUUGA